AUGUCAGAACCACCGCUUCCUAGUGCUCGUCGACAACUUUUAUUUGCAAAAUAUAGACCUUUUCUAACAACACCAUUCUUCUUCGGAUUUUCAGCACAUGUACUUGCACCAAAAUCGUUUCCUCGACUUCUUGGCACUCGUGUCGAUUUACCUUUAACCAAUAUACUUUGGUUUGGGUCUCAUAUUGGUAUUACUAUGUAUCUAUAUACUUCUAAACAUUUACGAAGUAUUCAUACAUUUGAACGUUUAUUAUAUAGUAUGUACGGUUCAGCAAUGUUUAACUUUGGUACAGUUUUAAUUAUGACAAUUAUUCGUUCAAUUUUUCCUGAUAAAGAAACUCUUCGUUUAGGAAUUGGUUUAUCAAUUAGUGGAGCUUUAUUAUUUAUUGGACAACGAUAUAUUCAUUAUAUUGAUGAAGUUUUUGAUGCCAUACGAUUUCGAGCUAUCAAAUAA